CAAGCGACCUUCCGUAGGCUAUUUGUCUGCGGAGCAGUACCUGAUAGAGGCGGAUAGAAGGUUUACAAAUAAGAGUAGUGAUGACUAUCAGAAGUCCGGAAGAGCAGAAUAGUCCCGGCUAUGCGCGGUUCGUUAACGGUCUCCUGGACCAGAUCGGCGAUCACAAUGAUGGACAAACAAAGUCUUCUUUCGGGCACGAUAGCGACAACGUCCCUUCAGAUACUGAAUAUCCUGAAGACGACGCGUUGAACGACAUCACCUUUGAUAAUAUGCAAGUAAAUUUUGGUUACAACGAUAUGGUGGAAGAAACUUUGGCUAUGUCGAACAGGGCUCCAAUUCAAAAGAUCGAAACUGAGAAAACAAAUUGCUGCGAGCCUCAGGGUCAGUCUCAAUGGAACGGACAGCUAGCGCAUCAAUCUAACUGUCACCAGAAAGCAAAAAUACUGGAAACUGACCGUUGCCCAACAAAGAUUCAUGAAGAGCUUGACCAGACCCAGUUGGAUAUAAUCAAGACCAAAUUGGCUUCUAAUCGUAUACAGCACAUGUCGGACAAGUUUUCUAAUGGCAACCAUAGCUCAAAAUCAUUAUCAGAGUCUGAACACGAUUUGGACCAUUUGAUUGGCAUACGCAUCGUUGUUCCAAUUGGCCACUGCUCUAACGUCGACCACAGAAAUGAAUUUAUUCAAAAUCUUUUUCAAAAAGUCCAGCUAUUAGAUCAUCCAUGGCAAAGAAAGGUCGUCCUUGGUAAGCUACCUGACGAUGUGUUUCUGUUCAACCUAACCGUUGAGGAAGCCACCAUCAUCCGAUACUACAUUCAUAAGAGCUAUCCACCCUUGCCAAAGCCACAAAAUAGCACAGAGAAGCACGAAGAACGUGUGACCCAACUCGAUGCCAGUUGUUUAUUAAGCUUGAAGUAUAGAUCGUUUGUUACCGAUGAAAUUCUCCAAGCUAUUGCCACCCAUUGUCAAGGAACAGAUAAAAUGGAGAUUUCAUACGUAGAGCUGCGCAACAAAAUGCAAUUUCCCCUGACGAUUGAUCUUCCUAUUGACUAUAAUCGCCUCAUUGAGGUCAAUCGGGCAGGCUUUUAUGGUUUAUUGGUUAAACGCGAAAAGGUGGCACCCCCAAACGAACUCGUUAUCAAGCAAAACUAUAUAAUGGUAACCGUCAGCCUUCGGCGACUGGCUCCAAUCGUACACGGCUUCCUGAAUGCUGUGCAGAACUCUUACAACGGACGUAAAUCCAAACUGACCGUUCCGCCCGUCGGGGACAGGAAACAUGUCGCAAUUUAUCUAAACGACAAAUUUCUCAAGGAUAUACUUAGUCUUAUCGAUAAAACGUACCCCCUACGUGAAAACCGUUGUGCUGCCAUGCGAAGCAUUAGUGCAAAGGUCACCGGAGAGGGACAAGCGAAACCGCUUGAGCAUCUUGUAGCCUGCAUCCCUGGUAUUGAGGUGGUUUGGUUGGCUGAAGGAAAAUGUAUUCGUAAAUUAGAGCUAAGCAAACUAGAAGAAGAUACUGAAAAAAAGAGUACAUUCGAAAGAGAAAAACAUCAAACUGAUAACAACACGGCACAGGAGAUCACCAAGACCCUGACCGCCAUUCUUAAGGACCCAAAAAAUCAGUACAUGAGGUUCGCCGACCUCAAGAAGGAGUAUCUAGCGAAGAAGGACCCAAAGCUCGAGAUACCUAGCUCUACGUUUUUGAAGGAGUUCGUCAAGAAACACGUAAAGCACUUCCAGAUAAUUGGCAGGGAAGGCAAUGAACUCGUUAUGCUCAGCCACCGCGCCCAAAUUAAAAGGAUCUCUAACGAUGUCAGCCGCCUUCUUCGGGCGCGCAAUCCAAAAUGCAUCAAUGCUGCCGAACUGCCUGGAGAGCUCGUUGAGCUUUGGUUACAUAGCAGAGACUCAGAAGAACUCGACGUGUCGCGAUUUGGUGUGUGUUACCUCGAUGAUCUGCUGGUAACCCUCCCACAACACUGGGGCAUCUAUUGUAGUGAGUACAUCUCAAACGAGACGGGAGCUUUGGUCGUGCGACAGUAUGGUGAUGGUAUGGAAGAUGUUCCAAACUUUAUUAAGUUGGAAUACCCCACAGGUCCGAUAGGGUUGCGAGAUAAUCUCAGUGACUUCUUAGCGAGUGAGAAAUACAAUGAUUUCAAAGGAUACAGCAUAGUACAUGCCUGGAUACCAAUUAGUCAUCGUUCCGAUUACAAGCUCAAGCUGAUAGCGCUCUUAAGACAACAGAUAUUGAACAUGUGUCGAGGGGACCCAACAGCUGCUGAUCUGAAGUCGCGUGUCGAAAAUCUCGCAAUACACUACAGUAAUCAUCAACAGAAACAACAGCACAAUCAGCAGUAUCGUCGUCAGCAAAAUUUUCAGCAUCAGAACCAACUUACCCCUCAGACCUCUCUAUUGAAACGAUACGAAAAUGCCUGUUUGCGGUGUAAUAGACAGGCAGUGGAUUCGGUCAAACAGAUCUUAUUCAGUGCUUCGCCAGCUAAGCCCGCCACAACCGGUAAGGCGAUACACAGCAACAAAAGUUGUUCCGACAGAAAGACCGAUGGAAAACACCAUAUGCCAUGUAAUUUUGAGCUGGAUUUUAAGGAAUUUAUCCCUACCUUCCAUCACGUGUUCAACUGCCAGGCUAUCGUCAGCGACUACGGGACCCUCAACCUCUUUGAGCUGUUUGACCUUAUGGGAGACACGGUUUUACUGACGCACUUUGACGCAGCCGACGCAAAAAUCAAACUGACCGCCGAAGCGCGACGAGACGUUUUGGAGCGGCGGCUGAUCCACAUUCUGCGCAGGAGCCAAUAUCAUCAGCUUUCGUUCAAGGACCUCACUGAGCAAUACAAAAAUGAUCCGACGAUGAGUCCGUUUUACGACGAGUGCGAAAUCUGGCAUGCUGUGUGUCACUCGAAUCUCAUCGUCAUUAAAACAAUUGAUGGCAAGUGCUUCACUAAAUUGAAGCCAAGGUUCAGUCUCAAAGAAGCUAUGAGAAACUGCGCGGAUGUAGCAAAUCUACUUAGCAUCUUUAUGACAAGCUUUACGCCGUUGACGUUUGACCAGCUGCAGAGGAAGUUCCAAUCGAAGUUCGGUUGCCAUAUGCCACUGUUUGCAUUUAUGGUACUAGAGGAGAUGGGCGCUAUCCGAAAAACGCGGGUGCAUAACGUUUCGGCCGCCAAGACCGCAUUUGAUUUGCAGGAUAUCUGUCGCACCGUGCGAAACCUCAUCUACCAGAUGACCGAUAAGCCAUACGAGAAAUACUAUGUUCCUGAUGAGAGCACGGAUACUAUUCACGUAAAGCCUUUGGAGCGUCAAGAACUGUCCAUUCAUAAACUGCUUGAACACUCAGGCGACUGUAUGUGCCCCGAAUUCGAUGUCAAACAAUUGAUGAAUGAUUUCGAUGAGUUCUUUCAUGAGCAUAAUCAAACCGAGUAUACCCUUAAACCUCAUAUUAUUGCUGGUGUGCCAACACGAGAAGACAUGGAAAAUAAAAAAAAGAAUCAAAAAAAGUGUCACUCUGCACAUGCAUCUCAAACGACCCCACGCGGUCGUGCAGACACCAAAUAGGCCACAAAGUGUCGCGUCGUGCGAAUCGUACGGGGUAGAAUGUCGUGGAGAUGCACAUGUUCCGAAACGGUCUUCGGCAGGGGUCUAUGCAGUGCCGCAUAGAGGUGCUUGAAGCGGGCGUCACGUUUUUCGCUAUCUGGUCGACGUUCCGGAACGAGAAAAUAAAUGCGUUUCUAACUUCUCGUUAGUUCCACUUCGACACAGAUAUUCUCCUACACUGUAAUUCUACCUUAAAAGUAUAUUACUUUAACACAAUGCGUUUGGUACACACGUGAUUUAACUACACCUGCCAUCUGAAUUGCGUUGCGGUGUGCAAAAAGCUUCGUCAGUUCGUACUCGUUUGUAAUCUAGGCAAAUCCUAGAAGUAAAAAUUCCAUUUUACUGUAGUUUGCUCUGUCGAACGAAUGUAGCCGCUGUGUAGUCUUCGCGGAUGCUUUAUUUAACGUUGUCCAGAGUAUAACUUAGAGGGGAACGAAGGUCGCUUUGCCAAAAUGCCUGUUUACCUUAGCCUUCGGUUUAAAGGUCGACACCUCUAUGGAUCGUAGUAAACAAGCGGAAAAACAGUGGUGUUGCUUCUUGCCAGUAGUAAACGUACUGUUUAGCUUCUUAAAUGUGUCUCAUCGGCAGUUUAUCGAAAUGAUAGAUCAAAUUUUCCAGUCUGCCAUAGUUUCAUGGCCAAACGGACAACAAAACUUUAUUUUGUUCCUAGGUCGCUACUAGAGGACUAAUUGUAAUGGAACGUUUCUUUUUUUGUAACUAGAACUUUUAACUAUUUCAACCAUCUAUGUAUGGGAUGUGCCAACAGCACAUAUAUAUAUAUAUAUAUAGAGAGAGAGUGUGUGGCUGAUCUGAUUGUGGCAAAAUCAAAAUUACCAUUGACAUACUGAUCGUUUAACUUGAUUUAUACGAGUAACAUCUUAAAGAAAUCAAAGCUAACAUGUGAUUCUGUUUUAACUUUAACUGUUUCAACAAGCGUAUCGAAUUGAGGCAUAGGUUAAUUGACCUUUACGUGUAUCUUGCACAAAACGACAUGGGCAGUCCUUAAUUCAGAAGGACGAGAGAAAAAGCUGAUACAGCUUGGGAAUGGACGUCAUAUAUAUACAUUUCAUGGUGUGUUAAUAAUAGAUUUUAAUAUGGCCAAGCUUACUUGAUGCGCUUUUAACGCUAGCGGCAGCGAUGGCCCCCAGAGGCCAAAGUUAUAGACGAAUUACUAUAUUACUGAUACCAACAAUAACGUGCACACGUACAAAUGUAUUGAUUUGAUAUGCUUCACUAGACAGACUAUGGUUAAUCGGUAAACUCAUUUUACAGAUAACAAUAAAAGACAUAUUUAGAAAAUCAUAUUUACUAGGAGUUUAUUUUGGUAAUGAGUAGUUAGGAGAACGGUGGCUUUGUUGACGGUCAAAAUCAAAAAGCCAGAGAUUAUAGCUAAUAGAAACAGUGACUAAGCGCCCUCGCGAAAAGGGUAAUGUACAGUAUACACGGUUAUCGACAGUCGACUAGGUGACCGCUAUUUCAGCUUAAUGAAAUUAACAUAGGACUCAUACACCCAGGUCAGGUUGAUUUUCUCCCCUUCUGAAGCAUACCCCCCCCCCCCCAACUUCUCUAGAGCAGAAGUAAUUUUCUAUAAUCUUCUCUAAUUUUGGACCUUUGCAAAGUCGAUGACUAUCGCUAAUGGAAUUAUAAUGUAUGUACCACUAUACGAACAUGCUUCUGACCAAUCAGCUAGCUUCAGCCUAUUUUUAGUACAAAAAGAACGUGAAUUGAAUAAAGGAGCUUAGUAAACGUAUCUCAAAUGAUGAGAGAAGAGGUAAGUUUGUAGAGCCUUCAGCCUUAUAGUCGGAUCUUUUCUUGGAAUCAAUUAGAUCAAUCAAAGUCAAAACCUCUUCGUUUCGGUUCGACCAAAGAGCGUUAGCCACAGUUUCUAGUACGUAGAUUUAUUCACGCUAGUUAAACGACUCGUAUUUACUAUACUUACAUGAGAUUUGAGGUAAAAAUAAAGUGGUAAUACUUAUUAUCUUACACAAAUGCUUCUUCUUUGCUUCUCCUACUACUACUACUGCUGCCCAAAAACACAGGCACUUGAUUAGCCCAAGAUAGGUAGACAUGUAAUAAUAAUAUAAUGUUACAAUACAAUGUUUCUGGCCCAUAGUGAUGCGGUGAUCCAAGCCGAUAGUAGGAAAAAUCGAUUUUUUUUAUAAGCUCUAUAUAAUCUCCCAUUAAAAUAAAACGAAUAUUUACCUAAGCAUUUAACAAAUGAUGCUUCUCACUCGAAAUCGCCCAUGCUAUUUAAUCAAAUAAACAACUAGCUGAUUUCUUCUUUAGCUCUGCGUCUAAUACCCAAAAAAAAUACCUAGGCUAAAAUGUCCGGCGCCUGAUUUAGUCCGAUAGCCGCGAUGAGCUGCCGACCUCAAGCCCUAAAAUAUCUAUACUGACAAUAAAUCAGAUUAUAAAAAUCGAAUUAAAAUUGUAUAUAAUAUAGCUAUUAUUCUAGGAGUAUAUUCUAGGGACCAUGUGUAAAUAAUGUUGGCAAACUUAUUUCGAUGUACAGUAUAGUUCAAAGAAUUCGGUAACUUCUGAAACACUUGUUUGUAAUAAGUUUACAUGAAGACUAUUCAGCUUGGUACCAUCUGAAAACGUCGUGGACGGGAUACAGCAUACGAGCAAAAUGUGUCACUUUUACAGACUCAGGAUUCUAGUAAUGCGAGAGCCACAAAUACGUACAGAAGCAACGUUCUCAGUAAAACAUAGAAAUUUCUGUGCGUAUAUUUCGAUUUUAAAGGUGACUUAACGAGUUAAAUUUACGGACUCUUUUUCAGGCUACAAUGGAUAAAAGAAAAGGCAUCGUGUUAUUCUUUCAUUAAAUUGUAGGCCGGUCGAGGUCUGAUUGUUUCUAGACCUCGCGACUUUAGCUGGAUCCAUAAGCGGCCGUUCCUCAUAACGUUCUAUUGCGCAUCAAGUACACUGAUAAAUACGCACAAAAUGAUUUUGCAGACGACUGUAUGAAUUUUCUACGUCGUCUUUAAGGCGCUAGCACCUAAAUCUGCGCGCGAUUGCGAGCGCACCAAGUCAUACGCACAAUGUGAACUUCCAUCAGAUUCCACUUUUUGCUAUAAUAUUAUUCAUUGACUUUGCGCCUUAUGUUGUCCUUGUCGGCGGACACUCGCUCUGGCACAUACGACCCUCAAGAGGAUUCUUCGAUGGGCCUAACGAGCGGACCUGUGUUGACGUAAAACACGCUUUCCGAUUUGUCUUGGUUUCUACACUUAGUUUGCUUUUUGUUGUUACAAACACCGAACAAUUUCGACAGCUUUAAACCACUGCAAUUGAAAACACUAUCAGGCGAUGUGUUUCGAGAUAGUGUUUCAUUGGCCUCUAUCACAGAGCAUUCGAAACUCCUACUAUUGUCAGAUAUUAAGCUAGCUUCAUGCUGUUGUGCUUCAGCUGACUUCGCAAUAACAGGAGGUUUCCUCCCAGUUUUUGGGAAGAAUAUUGGCUUCAGACUGAAGUGGGCCGUUUGCUUGCUGGCAGCAUUCGACAUUGGGGAUAGGUGUUUAGUACACCUAGUGUCUAGGAUCUCCAGCUUCGGCGCAAAGAUUGAAAUAUCGGACUCAUCGAUUAAGCUGUCUCCAUCAGAUUCGUAACAAUUUGCGGAAGUGGAAGCGCAAUCGCUGCUUUUAUGAACAUUUCCACCGUUCAUUCCGAAUCUAGAUUGAUAUGUUUGCCAGCUGACUCUCACAUUUGUUUGCUUCGAAUCUCCAGCACGCUCCAUCGUUGAAUCCACUCGGCUAUUUGAAGGUCUCGUAUAAUCAUCAAACAUGGGUCUUGAUGACCGUGCUGGUUCCAUUGUUCGAAUCGGUAGUCAAAAGUACGGGUACCGCGCGAGUGGUCAACUAGAACCGACGCUCAUAGAGCACGACGUUAUCUCGAAAAGGUUACGAAGAAGGAAUCCCGCUGUUUCUAGCUUUUGUGGUUCUAGCAUUUGCGGUUAUUCGGAGGCUGUCAAACGAUAGUAUAAAAGAAACGUACCGGAUGCGAAUAGGAAAGGAUUAAAUGACGUACGUUAGCUUGUCUCUCAGUUUGUCGUUGAGCCCAACUCCAGUGUCUUCCAUUAACA